CGGAGCACCGAUUUACUGCAGACGCAGCGCAUGCAGAGAGAAGUUCACCUUGAGCCGGAGUCCAACAGUGCCACUCUGGACCUCUGGGAUUACGAGAAGUGCUCGCCGAUCGUCCCGAGACCGAGACGAACGCAGGUUUAAUCGGACCGAGAGGGGCUACAGGAUCUUUAACUUUGGGAUUAUUGAUCCAGACCUGCGCCACAAGGUCUGCCGGAGAGGCUCUGAACCCGACGGUGCAGGGCCAGAUAGCAAACUUGACAGCUGCCUCCGAACCAGACGAGGCACACCGCACCAAGACUGUGACCCCCCCACCCCACCGCUCACACUGGAGCCCCGCAAACCCCCCCCCACCAAGCAGGUCCCGCAGCCCAGGGACCCCGGAGCCGGCCUGACCUUGGACCGCCUGUCACCGGAGCCCCCCGUGGCACCGGCAGAGACGUCCAGCACGUCUCAGACCGGAAGGCGGUUCCACAACAAAAAGGCCGGCAUCCGGGCCGCCGUGAUCCUGAUCGGACUCCUGCACAAGUCUCGCAACAAAGCCAAAGAGAAGGAGAAGGAGAGGGAGAGGGAGCGAGAGAGAGAGGAAAACGAAGAGAAACAGGAGCUGCUGAACAUUUCCAACGUCCCCCUGGGAGAAUGCCCCCCCUCACCGCCCCGCACUGCACCGCCCAACAUGAAGUCCGCAGAGUUCUUCGAUAUGCUGGAGAGGAUGCAGGAUGACUACAUCCCCUACCCACGGAUAGAAGAUGUCCUGGAGAAAGGUGGUCCAUACCCCCAAGUGAUCCUGCCACAGUUCGGGGGUUACUGGAUCGAAGACGUGGAAGCACCGGCCGGGACCCCCUCUUCCUCCGAGUCCAGUUUCUGUGAGGAGGAGGAGGAGGAGGAGGGGGGGGAGGGAGGAGAGGGCAUCAGCCCCGGUGGGGGGCACAGCUACCGCCUGGAGUGUAACAGCACAGCCCGCGCCUACCGCAAGCACUUCCUAGGCAAGGAACACAUGAACUAUUACUGCACCGGCAGCAGCAUAGGCCACCUCAUCAUGUCUCUGAAACACGAGGAGGCCGAGGGACAGGAGUUCCUACGCAUCAUGCUCAGGUCGAGGAUCAAAACGGUCCACGACAGGAUCUCUUUGGCGGGCAUCAACCAGCUGCCCAGUGUGCCGCAGAUUGCCAAGCUUCUGUGUGACGACGCCACAGGGCUGAAGUUCAACCCCGGCCUCUACCCCCGGGGAUCCCAGCUGAUGGUGGCUUACGACGAACACGAGGUGAACAACACCUUCAAAUUCGGAGUCAUCUACCAGAAGUUUGGACAGACAUCGGAGGAAGAGCUGUUUGGGAACAACGAGGAGACGCCGGCAUUCAAGGAGUUCAUCGGCAUCCUGGGCGACAAUAUUGAACUUCAGGACUUUAAAGGGUUCCGCGGCGGGCUGGACGUCUCCCACGGACAGACCGGGUCUGAAUCCGUCUACACUGUAUUCCGACGGAGGGAGAUUAUGUUCCACUUGUCCACCAAGCUUCCCUUCACCGAAGGAGACGUCCAGCAGCUCCAGAGGAAAAGGCACAUAGGGAAUGACAUCGUGGCCGCAGUCUUCCAGGAAGAGGCCACUCCGUUUGUUCCGGACAUGAUCGCCUCCAAUUUCCUGCACGCCUACCUGCUGGUGCAGGUGGAGAACCCGUGCACGGAGCACACGACAUACAAGGUGUCCGUCACGGCGAGGGAGGACGUGCCUCCUUUCGGACCCCCUCUCCCGAACCCGGCUGUCUUUCGGAAGGGUCCUGAGUUUCGAGACUUCCUGCUGACAAAGCUGAUCAAUGCUGAAAACGCCUGCUACAAAUCCGACAAAUUCGCCAAACUAGAGGGGCGAACUCGUGCUGCGCUGCUGGACAACCUCCACGACGAGCUGCACCGACAGAGCCAGGCGACGCUGGGUCUGGGCCAGCCGGGGGAGGAGGACAAGCUGGAGAACGGAGGACACGGGGGUCUGCUGGAGUCCUUCAAGAGGGCCAUGCGUGUCAGGAGCCACUCCAUGGAGACCAUGGUGGGGUCUCAACGUCACAGGAGCCCCGGCGUAGGAGGCGGGGUCCCGGCCAGCGUGAGCGGAGGAGGGCUGCCGCAGAGCACCAGCGAAUGCACAAAGAGCACCUUCACUGAGCAGCCUAAUUCUAUCAUCUGUGACCUUCAGCCUCCCGUGUUGUCCGCCAAGUCUCCUCUGAAGAGCCCAGUGAAGCGGCGCUCAGGCCUCUUCCCCCGCCUCCACUCCAGCACAGAAUCCCCGUCGGACAAACACGCGCGCAGCGACCAAAAGCCUGCCGAGUUCUGCCCGCUGUCCCAAGAGGUGAGGUCAGAGACGUCGUCCAAUCCCAGCUCGCCUGAGAUCUGCACCAACAAAGAGAGGCCGUUCGUCAAGCUGAAAGAGUGCGGCGGCGGCAGGCCGAACAUCUCGCGCUCGUCCUCCAGCACCAGCAGCUUCAGCAGCACCACGGGGGAAACCGAAGCUCUGGAAGAGCUGGAGACGGCCAGCCAUCUCUCCAUUACAUGCUCAUCCACCUUUAGUCCUUCCCUCAGUGUCGACAGCCAGGGAUCAGGUACCCCCGUCAUCAUGUGCCGCAGUCCGACAGAUGUGAAAAGUAAGACGUCCCCGAGGUCGAACUUGAAGUUCCGCUUUGACAAAAUGAGCCACUCGUCCACAACUUCCGAGUAGCUUCGAGGGAUGGAAACAUCAGACUGGCACAACAAAGGGACCGCAAAAAAAAAAAUCAACAACAACAACCAAGCCAAGGAGGAUCUGAUCAGAUGACCAACUGCACAACACAAUAUAAACUAACUGACCAUACUGUGAGUGUAUAGUGAGGAGAAGCCGCCGCCAUGUUGGCUUUCCUUUUAACCCACGUAGGAACUAGUCGACGCUUCGCCGAUGUGACGAGCCGCUGCCUCUCGGUCGUUAAUCGCCCCGGUCACAUGACCAGCCCCCCGCGCGGCUGUGACACUGUGAGCCGGACGCCGCCUCGGCUUUUCUUUUUCUCCAGCAUCUCGCGACCCAGAAGAACGGUAACACGCCACGAUGUCCGAACCGAGAGAGGAAAACUCUUUCAGAAUCGUCAGAGAUCAGGAUGUUCCCCCCUUCUUUGCCUUUUCCCCCCUUGAAUGGUACGUCUGGCAACGGUUCCUCUUUUGCCUGAAGUAACGACGCGGACGCCCACACACACACACACACACACGUGCGCGGCGACAUGGCGUGGACUCACAGUAGCGGCGUUUCUGGAGGCGACCGCGCGGGGAGUCUCAACUCUCCACCGGCUUGUUUCUUUGGGUAUAAGAAAGGGAAACAAAGGCCGACGCAUUUCUAGGGAACACCUUUUUGUCUUCCGAGAUGCUCGCGUCACCUCGCUCGCUGCUGCUCUGUGUCGACCGCUCUACACACACCACGUCGCGCGAACGUGGUCGAUACCGACGGCGGUGUUUAGGGAGGGUCACUUCAUUCCCCUGGAGUCCAGAUGAGCUCACGGGGGCCACAGUAGGAGACACUGCCAACACAUUUUGCCAUAAGCUUAUUUUAGCCAAAGCUGCGCCUUACAAUCUUCUCAAAAGCCCUUUUCACCCCCGACGCUCCCGCUACCCUUCUCUCUCUCUUUAUCUGUCUCCCUCACUGUGUGAGAGGACAAGAAUCUCGUGGAUCUGGUUGCAGCACAGCUGCGGGUCGGCCGAUCCACGACGUCAUUUGCUGAAAAUAGACGUUGCACUGACAUUUCUCCUUUUCCGAAACCUCCCAUCGACCGCUUGCUCGCUCGGUGUAUCCGUCGAUGUCCGGUGGAACUUUUACACGGGGGAACGUCUCCCUGGGGGGUUUCAGUUCCCCCGCCAUGCGAGCUGAUGAAGACUUGAAGAAAGAAAAGGAAAAGAUGCUAUAGGUUAAACAAACCUUUGAACCACACUUUGGCAAAAACCACUUUGAAUGUGAACCUUUUUUUUUUUUUUUGUUGACGCUUGUUUACUUGUUAUUACAAAGUCUCUUAGAAGUCAAUCGCAAAAGCCAGCUGCUUACAGUGACAAGCACAACGGGACCAACAGGUCUCAACUACACCGUAAACGUUCGCCCGGAGCUCCACGAGCUGCAGGGAGCAGGGCAAAAGUGGGAGUGGGAGAAUCAAGGAGAAGAAGAAGAAGAAGAAGAAGAAAAAGAGAAGCAUUCCUGGAUGGCUUGACGGUGUGGGAAGUUCUGUCAUCGUGACACUGGUAUCCCAGAGGGAGGGGGGGUGGGGGGUCACACAAACAGGGGAAGUCCGGGUGCCAUUUAGUUUGUAGCAGGUACGAUGUCGCCUCAACGCCCUGCAGCCUUUUCCUCUGUUAAUAUGCUUAAUUUAUUUUAAAAAACAAAAGAUGACUUAUUUUGCGUCGAUGUCCUGUGAAAGAAAUGUAACUGCAGAGUAUGCUAAUUAAUACGGUAAUUAAAAAAAAACAAAAAAAGAUUCAAGGAAUAUAUAUAAAUUUAAAAAAGAUGUCUAAACAUGUAUAUGUAUAUUUGGUUAUGUAACGUGCCAUUGAGAAUUUAUUCUAAAAAUAAAAAUGUUGUAUUUUGUGUCA